AUGGGACCAGAGACAGAAAGAAUCCCGCAACCUGUACCAGACCCAAACAAUCGGGGACAUUUCAUGGAUGUCUGUCAGACGGAAUCGACAGGCAGGACACCGGAUGACUAUCUCCCGAGAAAAUGUUUGAAGGAUUUGCAUGAGGAACAUUCCGUCAGUGUCAUAAAAGAUGUAGAUACCAUCAAGAGCUUCUGUUCAAAAUACAAUGUUGAUGAGAAGCAUGUUAUUCCAUAUAUUAAUCGCAUUAAAGAUAUUAAUAUCAGAAAAAACAUUAAAACAAGAGAAGCUGAGGAACGAAAGAGGCAAGAGGCGGAACGGACAUACAAGGACUUCAAAUGGGACAGCAUCCUUGUUGAGAGUGGCAAGAUCGAAAAGUUAAAGGUAAAAGAACUUGACUUCUACCUGAAAGAACACGGACUGACCACUAUUGGUAGGAAGCUUAAUGACAAAGUAAAAGCUUUUCGAUGUCAUUAUUACCGACACAUAAGGAGUCUGUGAACUCAGACGAAUCGUGAGGUACUCCAAAGAUGAAAGUGACGGGGAUCGGAAUCAGGGGAUAAAGAAUAUGAGGAAGAAUUAGACAGUGAGGAGGACGAGAACGACAAUGACUUUGUUUUCAACGAUUUGGAUGAGAAGAGUUACCCUUCACAAACAAUUCAGUUCAUAUCAGAUGACCAUCUGAUGUGA